UCCCAGUCUGCGUUCCUGGUGUGAUCAUCACAACGCCCCCGACAUCGCGACAAAAUGGCAACGCCGCCGUCUUCUCGCCGCAUCGGCGUUGUCGGCUUCGGACAUCUCGGGCAGUACUUGGUGGAACGGAUCCUUCGAGACGGGGACUCGGCGGGCUUGACUCUGGCCUUCGUUUGGAACCGGAACCCCACAAAGCUCCGAGGUUUGGUUCCGGAUGAGCUGGUACUUGCGGACCUGUCGUCUUUCCCAGACAGGUCAUGUGACCUCAUCGUAGAGGUGUGCCAUCCUCAGGUGGUCAAAGAAUUUGGGCUCCACUUCCUGUCUGGCUCUCAUUUGAUGGUGGGUUCUCCCUCCGCCCUCGCCGAUCAUCAGCUGAAUGAGAAACUCCGCCAGGCGGCUCAGCAAUCUGGGAGAACACUUUACGUCCCCAGUGGUGCAUUGUGGGCCGGUCAGGACAUCCAGAGGCUGAACGACAGCCAGGCCUUAAAGGAUUUGUUUAUAAGAAUGUCCAAACAUCCGUCCUGCUUCCGGCUGGCAGGAGACGUCCCGUCUAAGUGGACCGAAGGCGAGGGCAGGCGGGUUUUGUUCAGCGGCUCGGUAGCCGAGCUGUGCCCCCUGGCGCCCAACAACGUCAACACCAUGGCGGCGGCGGCGGUGGCUGCUGGGAACCUGGGCUUCGACGGUGUCCGAGGGGAGAUCGUGUCCGACACGGCGUUGAGCGACUAUCAUGUAGUGGAAGUGGAGGUGACGGGCCCGGACGGAUUCUCUGUGCGCACAGUGAGGAGGAAUCCAGCCCGACUUGGUGCUGUAACCGGUAGUGCGACAUACAACUCGUUUUGGAGCAGUCUACUUGUUUGCAAAGGUCACGGAGGAAGAGUUUACUUGUGCUGAAGCCAGGAAGGAAGAAGAACACCCAGCAAGAAAAAAAGAGGACUGGAGGACAAGUGGGUCUCACUCUGUGCUGUGGACGCAAUAAACAACAUCAGUGGGA